AUGGCGGCUGCCUUUCGCCCCGUCAACACCCCUCUCGCAGCGGAAAUUUCCAAGCAAGACAUCAUCAUGUCUCCGAGGAACUCAUCUCCCCGGCCCAGCACGGCGCCGCAGGCACAGCUGCAGCCUUCACAUCCCUCCGACGAUGGCAAGACGCCUACGAGAGCCACCUUUAGCAGCAUCAACAUGAGCCAGAGACCCCUGCCAACAAGCCCGUUUGCUCAAGCGGCAUCAGCCUCCUCCGAAUCCACCGAGAAUGGCCUGCACCGAAAUGACUCUCAGCACUCUACGAGGUCGCCCAAGCGAGAUUCGCUGGAUGUAGACAUGGACGAAUCCGAUGGAGAGAAUGGAACUAUCGAUGAUGGCGCCGGCUCCGACGCCGAGAGUGUAAAUGCGGAUGGAACAAGAUCGGGCAAGAAAAAGAAGUCACAGCGGUUCUAUUGCACUGAUUAUCCACCUUGCAACCUAAGCUUCACGCGUAGCGAGCACUUAGCAAGGCACAUUCGAAAGCAUACUGGCGAGCGCCCCUUCCAGUGCCACUGUUCCAGGCGAUUUUCACGAUUGGACAAUCUGAGGCAGCAUGCCCAGACCGUUCACGUCAAUGAAGAUAUUCCGAUCGACUCUCUUGCGGCUACUGGAUCGAGAUUCCAGCGCCAGAUCAGGACUGAUCGAGUUCGCCAAGCUGGGAACAGAGCAAGAGCCUCUACUGGGGGCAGUGCUGGCGGCCCGGUGCGAGGACAUUCCAAGUCUCUUUCGACCUCGAGCAUCUCCAGCAUCACAUCCGUGGGAUCGGCCUAUAGCGCCCAGAACGACCCUCGGCGGCGCCCGCCCCCGCUUGUUAUGGCUGUUGAUCCCCGCUCAAGGCUUUCGCUCGAAUCCUAUCGCAGUAGCACCGACAGCACCUUUUCUUACCGACCUCAGUCUCCAGGCGAUUAUAGCACGCCCACGUCUGCCACCUUCUCAACGGCUCAGAGCAGCCCACGAUGGAGCGCCGGCGUUUCUCCGUCAUCUUCACACUCUCGAUCCCAAAGCAUGUAUUCUAUGGGUACGCGGACUCCUGGCCGCCGGCUGAGCGUUCCUUCGGGCACCACUCCCUUCCAGUUUGGUCAGGUUCAGAUGCCGGGCCGCGGCCCGGGGCCGAUGCUUGUCAACAGCUCCAACGCCGGCGCCCUCUCGUCUCCGAAUGCAAACCUGGUUUCUUCGCCGACCAUGUCGACAUCUGGAUUUCCGGGCCGUAGGGACUCGGUGGCGAGCAGCACCGGCGACGACUCAUGGCGACGGCGAACCUGGCAUCCUGAUAGCCGCAGCUUUAGCGGCACUGCCCAGUUGAAUGCUGUCCUCAGCCAAUCAGUGCGGCCAAACCCUCCGCCGCCUAUUGCAAAUCCCAGCAACCCUCAGUCCACGCUUCGCCUCCCUGGUAUUGAGUCUUUUGAUCCUCUCCCUCGGACAGGUACUCCACCAAGGCGCAAUGGAUCACCAAUGACUGUCGACUCCGAACUUGCCCACCGACCUCCUGUCAUGGAGGCUAUUGACGAGAGGCGAAACCUCAACAUGUACGACGUUAGCCUUCAGCGUGGCCUUGGCCGUCUUGAUAUAGGACACAAGACUCCCCCUCGUGACAGUGCGGGAAUGUGGGCGUCCGAGGUCCACAAAGCGGUUCAAAACCAAAUGGAACAUGCACGUAUGAACCAGCCGACUGUGCGAUUCGAAGAACAGCCGCGACCAAGCCACCAAGUGCCACCACCAGCCGCGCCGAGUAGGUCCUUUCACCAGCAUACCAUGUCGGCUCCCGCCCUAGCUUCGGUCAGAGAAGGCAAGGGACACGGCUGGUAUCAAGGACCCCCUGCAGCUGAUGCGCGAAACCCUCAUGUCGAGCGAAUGGUUCAUCCCAACUUCACGGGCUUUGCUGGAUUUCCGGCACGGGAACAAGCUCAAGAGCAGCGACAGCCACAAGUUCAUUACCACCAGCAACCGCCACCACCGCCUCAGCAGCAGCCGCAGCAUCAGCAGCAGCAAUCCCAUUAUCAACAGCAACGCCAACAGCAACAAGAUCGCUCCAACAACCCCGAUUCGUUGAGGCGCCUUGAGGCCUUGGUAGCCGUUGCCACUAGCGAGGGCUCCAACACUGCCGCCGCCUAUUAA